CAUCCCUACUGGAAAUUUUCAAAUUUCGAUUGACGCGUGCAAUAAGUCGCGUACGUACACGCGCGGUCGCGCGCGCGCGUGUGCCACUAUUGUGAAACUCAAGCACGCGCAUAUUUAACGGAUCGCUCUCACGAACGCUCUCGCGUGUUCAAAGACGAACCGUUACAAUAUUCUGGAUCCUGCAAACGAGGAAUUAGAAAUUCUUUGAAAGGUCUCUAAAAUCGUAAUGGCAAAUUCCAUCGAAGCGUCGCUAUUGAGUUUUCCCGAAAAGCUUUGGUUUUUAGUUAGCGACCCAAAGUGUGAGGAAAUUACAUGGAAUGAUGAUGGUACAUCGAUUUUAAUACCAAACCACCACAGUUUUACCAGCACGAUUCUCAACAGUCAAAGUAUAGUCCUUUUCAAAACAAACAAUUUUGCAAGUUUUGUCCGGCAAUUGAAUUUGUACGGCUUUCGCAAAGUGACGGAGCACCGCAGAAAGAACCAAACGAUGCAGCUUGUUGCGGGGAUGAAGAGUGAAUUCAAACAUCCUUGCUUCAAACGGGAAAGAAAGGACCUUCUUCAGUUUGUUCGACGACAAACCAACCCCUCUAAAAAGGGAGGCCGACGUGUGGUGAGCGAAGAAGGAAAUACCGUUAACAAAGAGGAGAAACCGCCCACUACACUUCCACAAUCCUCGAACUACCGCUGGCCGACUCCUAUCAGCCCCGUUGGCGCUAGCCCCUGGGUGAACUGGGAUACAUACCUGCAGACAAUGGGCAUGUUCCCUUACCUCCCCCCACAGUACAAUAUGUCACCACAGUAUAACAUGCCUCCUAUGGGUGCGGGCCUGUAUGGUAGUGAUCAGAUGAGUGCCCUUGGACCUUAUUACGGACGGGACCUGAUGUACACAUCACAAUAUCGUCCCUCUCUUGUCCAACCAACUGACAAUGUCUCAGUUCUGAGCAAUCAAGGAGAAGUAACCGAACAAGAUCAUUUUCCGGCAAUAAGUGUCACCUCGGCACAUUCCAAACCCGCGGUCGUCAUCAUCAACAACACCCUCUCAGCCUCACGUGAUGUCACGAAACAUGGAUUCCACAGUUACGGCGAAGAAACGCGAGGAGGUGAGUACCUGGUGGAGGCCCCAAACAGCCGGGAAAACAAAACGCCAUUCCCCGUCCAGACUGACGUGACGUCACGCGGCGGCUCGCUCGAAAAGGCGGAAACUGAUGCGUGCAUUACAGAGUUGCGUGACAAGUACGAUGAGAAGGCGCCGGAAAACAUUCCUGACCAUGUCACAGCGGAGCUUGACGGUAGCGAAGGCGGCGUGGCGGAGGAGAGCGCGGAGUGGGAGAAGCUCGCUAGCAACAAGAGACCUAAACUCGACGAAUGACACUAUUGGACUUCAUGAGAGGUUAAAAUUUUGGUUUAGAUUAGUUUAUACACUAUUUUAUGUAGUUCAGGAAGUUCUUUAAACGUUUUAUUAAAAUGACGUUUUUUGA